AUGGGAAACGAAAAAAGAAUUAAAAUUGUCUAUAUUUCUAUAUAUCUGAAUCUCUCUCUCUCUCUCUCUCUCUCUCUCUAUCUAUCUAUCUAUCUAUCUAUCUAUCUAUCUCCCCACCCAUUGGUUCUUAUCUCUUCAGGGAAUCUCUUUUUUAGGUUAGGUCGUCCUUAUCUCUUCCGGGAUUCUCUUUUGAGGUUAGGUCGUUCUUAUCUCUUCCGGGAUUCUCUUUUGAGGUCGUUCUUAUCUCUUUCGGGAUUUUCUUUUUUGAGGUUAGGUCGUUCUUAUCUCUUUCGGGAUUCUCUUUUGAGCCUAGUUGGUUCUUAUCUCUUUCGGGAUUUCAUUUUGAGCCUAGUUGGUUCUGAUCUCUUCCGGGAUUCUCUUUUGAGCCUAGUUGGUUCUUAUCUCUUUCGGGAUUCCCUUUUGAGGUCGUUCUUAUCUCUUCCGGGAUUCUCUUUUGAGCCUAGUUGGUUCUUCUCUCUUUCGGGAUUCUCUUUUGAGCCUAGUUGGUUCUUAUCACUUUCGGGAUUCCAUUUUGAGCCUAGUUGGUUCUUAUCUCUUUCAGGAUUCUCUUUUGAGCCUAGUUGGUUUUUAUCUCUUCCGGGAUUCUCUUUUGAGGUUAGGUCGUUCUUAUCUCUUUCGGGAUUCUCUUUUUUUGGACUAGUUGGUUCUUAUCUCUUUCGGGAUUUUCUUUUGAGGUUAGGUCGUUUUUAUAUCUUUCGGGAUUCUCUUUUGAGCCUAGUUGGUUCUUAUCUCUUCCGGGAUUCUCUUUUGAGGUUAGGUCGUUUUUAUCUCUUCCGGGAUUCUCUUUUGAGCCUAGUUGGUUCUUAUCACUUUCGGGAUUCUCUUUUGAGGUUAGGUCGUUCUUACCUUUUUCGGGAUUGUCUUUUGAGCCUAGUUGGUUCUUAUCUCUUUCGGGAUUCCCUUUUGAGGUUAGGUCGUUCUUAUCUCUUUCGGGAUUCUCUUUUGAGCCUAGUUGGUUCUUAUCUCUUUCGGGAUUCUCUUUUGAGCCUAGUUGGUUCUUAUCUCUUUCAGGAUUCUCUUUUGAGGUUAGGUCGUUCUUAUCACUUUCGGGAUUCCAUUUUGAGCCUAGUUGGUUCUUAUCUCUCUCGAGAUUCCCUUUUGAGGUUAGGUCGUUCUUAUCUCAUUCGGGAUUCUCUUUUGAGCCUAAUUGGUUCUUAUCACUUUCGGGAUUCUCUUUUGAGGUUAGGUCGUUCUUAUCUCUUUCGGGAUUCUCUUUUGAGCCUAGUUGGUUCUUAUCUCUUUCGGGAUUCUCUUUUGAUGUUAGGUCGUUUUUAUCUCUUUCGGGAUUCUCUUUUGAGCCUAGUUGGUUCUUAUCUCUUCCGGGAUUCUCUUUUGAGGUUAGGUCGUUUUUAUCUCUAUCGGGAUUCUCUUUUGAGCCUAGUUGGUUCUUAUCUCUUUCGGGAUUCUCUUUUGAGGUUAGGUCGUUUUUAUCUCUUUCGGGAUUCUCUUUUGAGCCUAGUUGGUUCUUAUCUCUUUCGGGAUUCUCUUUUGAGGUUAGGUCGUUUUUAUCUCUUUCAGGAUUCUCUUUUGAGCCUAGUUGGUUCUUAUCUCUUUCUGGAUUCUCUUUUGAGGUUAGGUCGUUCUUACCUUUUUCGGGAUUCUCUUUUGAGCCUAGUUGGUUCUUAUCUCUUUCGGGAUUCCCUUUUGAGGUUAGGUCGUUCUUAUCUCUUCCGGGAUUCUCUUUUGAGCAUAGUUGGUUCUUCUCUCUUUCAGGAUUCUCUUUUGAGCCUAGUUGGUUUUUAUCUCUUCCGGGAUUCUCUUUUGAGGUUAGGUCGUUCUUAUCUCUUUCGGGAUCCUCUUUUAGGACUAGUUGAUUCUUAUUUCUUUCGGGAUUUUCUUUUAAGGUUAGGUCGUUCUUAUCUCUUCCGGGAUUCUCUUUUGGACCUAGUUGGUUCUUAUCUCUUUCGGGAUUCUAUUUUGAGGUUAGGUCGUUUUUAUCUCUUUCGGGAUUCUCUUUUGAGCCUUGUUGGUUCUUAUCUCUUCCGGGAUUCUCUUUUGAGGUUAGGUCGUUUUUAUCUCUUCCGGGAUUCUCUUUUGAGCCUAGUUGGUUCUUAUCACUUUCGGGAUUCUCUUUUGAGGUUAGGUCGUUCUUAUCUCUAUCGGGAUUCUCUUUUGAGCCUAGUUGGUUCUUAUCUCUUUCGGGAUUCUAUUUUGAGGUUAGGUCGUUUUUAUCUCUUUCGGGAUUCUCUUUUGAGCCUAGUUGGUUCUUAUCUCUUCCGGGAUUCUCUUUUGAGGUUAGGUCGUUUUUAUCUCUUCCGGGAUUCUCUUUUGAGCCUAGUUGGUUCUUAUCUCUUUCGGGAUUCUCUUUUGAGGUUAGGUCGUUUUUAUCUCUUUCAGGAUACUCUUUUGAGCCUAGUUGGUUCUUAUCUCUUUCGGGAUUCUCUUUUGGGACUAGUUGGUUCUUAUCUCUUCUGGGAUUCUCUUUUGAGAUUAGGUCGUUUUUAUCACUUUCAGGAUUCUCUUUUGAGCGUAGUUGGUUCUUAUCUCUUUCGGGAUUCUCUUUUGGGACUAGUUGGUUCUUAUCUCUUCCGAGAUUCUCUUUUGAGCCUAGUUGGUUCUUAUCUCUUUCGGGAUUCUCUUUUGAGGUUAGGUCGUUCUUACCUUUUUCGGGAUUGUCUUUUGAGCCUAGUUGGUUUUUAUCCCUUUCGGGAUUCCCUUUUGAGGUUAGGUCGUUCUUAUCUCUUUCGGCAUUCUCUUUUGAGCCUAGUUGGUUCUUAUCUCUUUCGGGAUUCUCUUUUGAGCCUAGUUGGUUCUUAUCUCUUUCGGGAUUCUCUUUUGAGGUUAAGUCGUUCUUAUCUCUUUCGGGAUUCCGUUUUGAGCCUAGUUGGUUCUUAUCUCUCUCGAGAUUCCCUUUUGAGGUUAGGUCGUUCUUAUCUCUUUCGGGAUUCUCUUUUGAACCUAGUUGGUUCUUAUCACUUUCGGGAUUCUCUUUUGAGGUUAGGUCGUUCUUAUCUCUUUCGGGAUUCUCUUUUGAGCCUAGUUGGUUCUUAUCUCUUUCGGGAUUCUCUUUUGAGGUUAGGUCGUUCUUAUCUCUUUCGGGAUUCCAUUUUGAACCUAGUUGGUUCUUAUCACUUUCGGGAUUCUCUUUUGAGGUUAGGUCGUUCUUAUCUCUUUCGGGAUUCUCUUUUGAGCCUAGUUGGUUCUUAUCUCUUUCGAGAUUCCCUUUUGAGGUUAGGUCGUUCUUAUCUCUUUCGGGAUUCUCUUUUGAGGUUAGGUCGUUUUUAUCUCUUUCGAGAUUCUCUUUUGAACCUAGUUGGUUCUUAUCUCUUUUGGGAUUCCCUUUUGAGGUUAGGUCGUUUUUAUCUCUUUCGGGAUUCUCUUUUGAGCCUAGUUGGUUCUUAUCUCUUUCGGGAUUCUCUUUUGAGGUUAGGUCGUUCUUAUCUCUUUCGGGAUUCUCUUUUGAACCUAGUUGGUUCUUAUCUCUUUCGGGAUUCUCUUUUGAGGUUAGGUCGUUCUUAUCUCUUUCGGGAUUUCAUUUUGAGCCUAGUUGCUUCUUAUCUCUUUCGGGAUUCUCUUUUGUGCUUAGAUUCAAUGAAUGUGGUUCCGCUUCCCCCCACCUCCAGUCUUGUUUUCAUUUCUCUUCGGAAUGUUGGCCAGGCGUCCGGUCCUCGUUUGAGUAGCCUCUCAAUGAGUGCUUUCUAUCUAUCCGGUUGA